UGCUUCGUGACUGACUUCACCACUCAACCACCUCUGAAAGUACCCUCUCACCCAUUGAAGGAUCAUCACCACAUUCCCACUACUAUUACUCUCUUGUGUCUCCAAGGAAUAGGAUUAACCCGUUCUCAUUGUCGUGACGAUCGACCCCUUUUUCUCUCUCCAUCUUGCAGUGUUCGGUGUUGCAGAGCAUCGGAACAUGGCUAAGAGAUCAGAUUUUGCACAGAAGCUGCUUGAUGAUUUGCGGCUGAGAAAAGAACGCAUGGCUGCUUCCCAGUCUCAGAGGUCAACCCAAUCCAAUCAGCUUCCUAUAGAUGCAUAUACCUACUCGAAGCAAACAUACAGAGGAUCCAGGAAUACGAAAGCUGGUGAAGCUGUUAGUUCCAGAACUGGAGACAUGCUAAGCAGGCCUAGUAGCAGAAGCCAUAAAACAUCAAACAUUGGAGAAUCGUCCGAUCAGAUUGUUGUGUACGGAAGAGGUCAGAGCUCAGUGCAAUUGAAUGAUAUAUCCCUUGCUCUGGCUUAUGCAUUUGAGAAUGGAGGAAAACUGAGAAGAGCUGAUUCUUCUUUCGCUAGUUCAAUGAUGGGUUUCCUUCACCAGAUUAAAAGGGGAACGGGGGAGUACAGCAAGAUGGGAAGAGGAAGCAAUCUGGAGACGCAAUUGGCUGCAGCAAACCACUUCCCUACUUUCUCUCCUGGGCAGAUCAAUGAGAUAUCCAAAGGCGUACAGAAGUUAAACCAGAUAUUGAGAGCCUGCUCCAAUGGUGUUCUUAACAUGGAUAGAUACUCAAUAGAAUUUGCAAAGGAACUAUUACAAGGAGCUAUGGAUUUGGAAGAGUCUCUGAGGAUAUUAGUAGACCUGCAGAAAAGUUCAGAUCCCAUGAAGAACUCACAGAAGAAAAAUCGGAUUACAUUGAUAGAGGAGGACAAUGAUGAUUAUAGUGAUGACAGAACAAUCGUGGCUUCUGAGCAAAGACAACUGGCACCACCAACAUUCUCCUUCGACAAGUCCUCGAGGCAUUCUCAUAAUGUUCAAGAUGUUGGAAAGACUAGUUUGAUGCAGAGGCAACUUGCUCUUACUUACUCUAAGGAACACAGAAACUCCAGUAAUGAAAAGCAAGCUGUUAACAUGUCAAAAUUGCUUCCCCACAGGCAAUCAACUAGCUCCAUUCCUGACAAUAAGAAUUUCAACGCCCUUUCAGGACAGAAAAAUCAGUCGGCUUCAAUGAAAUCCAAUAAAGAGAAGGCCAGGAUUCCAAAUGUAAUUGCCAAAUUAAUGGGGCUAGAGAAAAUGGAAUCAGGAAACCCCUCUCAGGAUUCAAAUUCUACACAGAAAAUAGAAGGAACUGCAUUCAGGCAUACUGCACCAGGAAGUGCCAAGAAGAUUGAAUUGAAGAGCCAAAAAACAGAGAAUUCAGUACCUCCAAAACAGCAAAAAAUGAUGGAACCUGUCAUUGUGCCAAAAACACAGGGAAAGGAGCUGAUGUAUGUUGCAGAUGAAAAGAUCAUCCAAAAGGCUAGCUCUGAGGUGGCUACGAAAAAUGGAAAAACACUAUGGAGGGAGUUGAAUGAAAUAAAAGCAUCCAAAGGAUUAGAGAAGGGCACCCUCAAAGUAGAGAAGCAGCAGAGUAAUGCAGAUAAAACGAACCUCAAUAGAGAAAGUGGAAAGGAUGCUCAGGCCAAUGGAAGAAAACAGGUUGAGGCAACUAACAGAGAAAAGAUCACAGUAAAGGGAAGAACCAAUGAUUUGCUUCUAAAUAACAUGCUAUCCCAGCUGGAACAGGCUCACGAAAGAUCAGAAGUUGACUCUUCAUUGCAGGAAGAAAAAGAAGGCAAUGGAAAUCUUAUCCAAUCAGUAAAGAAACACACAAACAAGAAGGAUGCAACUAAUCAAAAGAAGUCCCAGAAUCACCUUGGAAUUCAAAAGCCUUACGCGCUCUUAAAAUAUCGGCCACAAGAAGAACAACAGCACAGAGAAAAGCAGCUCCAGCAUCGUGAAAAGCAUAUCUUAGAGGCAAGACUACAAAAAGGGGGCGAAGCAGCUUUGAAAAAUUCAUCAAAACCCUCACAUGACCUGACCAAUUCCCCGAAGAAGCAAGGUUUCCGAGAUGGCAACUACAAUGAUCUAAAUCAUGACGAAACUUCCAUCGAGUUCAGUGCGAAAGUGAAACAAGUGAACAAUAGGAAGCCAGGUCAAAUUACCUCUCCAAGAAACCAACAAUGUGAACCAGUUACAGGAAAGCAUGGCGUCACAACAAUGACGGAUCAAAAAAGUGUUCAUAAACUAACGAACGAGAAGGUAAAGAAUACAAUAAAGAAAAAAGCUUAUGCUAAGCUAGAAGUGAGACAAAGAACAUCUGAAUCUGACAAAUUCAAUUUAUCAAAGGAAGCCAAGCAAGAAAGGGUUAGCAUUUUGAAAGAAGCAGAUGCACGCAUCAUUAGCUCCAACGACUUAAUUUCUAUCAUUGAACCAUUGGAUGUGAUACAACAACCACAUCCAGAAGCAGAACUCUCUCCUACAUUGUACGCUUCUCAUGGUGGGAAAGUUCAAAGCCUACAAGAAUCAGUAGAUUUGGUUCCCGAUAAUUUGUAUCAGUACGUCAAAUUGAUGGCCACUAAUGACAAGCAACAUGUCGCCACUCUUUUGGCAGUAGAUGAAAAAAUAGAGUCUUGUGACUCUGCACCAACUACAAUAAACGGAGUUCACGGAGAGAGGAUGGACAUAAAUUACCAUUCACGAAGGCAAGGCCAGAGAAUUUCUGAAAAAAGAAUGCUAGCGCCACUUUCUGAAAGUGAAAACUGCCUCAAAUGGAUCUUGAUCACGAGUCAACCAUUCCUCAACACAGCAGAAGCACUUUUCAAGCUAAACAUUCCAUUUAGCAUUCUUCAAGGCUGUGGUGGAGUGGACAAUCAAGAUGAAGAAGGCAGCAAGCUUAUAUUAGACUGCAGCUAUGAAGUGAUGAAACGCAAGGGGAUACGGCAAGAACUCAAAGUCCAUUCUUGCUCAAAGGCAUCAAUUAGUUCCAUUAAAAUAAGCUCAUUAGAUGAUUUGGUUAGGCAGCUGAAUGAUGACAUGGAAAAGCUGAAGUUUUAUGGAAGGAAUAGAACUUCCCCAGUUCAUGUUGAGGACUACCUUCCUAAAAUGCUUGAAAAUGAUGUCUACAAGAAGUAUCCAGACAUAGACUGUAUGUGGGAUUUGGGCUGGGACCAGGAAACAUUUGCAUCCCUCGAAAAAUACGAUGUCACAAGGGAUAUGGAAAAGCAUAUCCUUAAUGGACUUUUGGAUGAGAUCACACGGGAACUUUCGAAUGUUCAAGGAGUAACAGUUACACAUUCAGCUGUUCUAAUCCACUAGGAGGCCUAAAAAAAAAAGGACUUUCAUUUUUUAUAGGGAGUAGGGACUUGGUUAUUACAACUUUUCUCAUCUACAUUGAUUUCUGCUUUGCAGUCUCACAUAAACUCUCAAGGGUAUUGGCGGUGCCCCUUUUUUGUGAAGCAAGCCAUUUGUUUUUAUUUUGAGGGGUCAGAUGAAUGAACAUUCAGGUUUUGCAUGCUGAAUUGAGUGCAUUGUACUAAAUAUUUACAGAGAAAAAUAUGGAAUAAAUUUUGAUAUGGUGAACAAA